CAGAGAGGAGGGGACAGCUCCUUGUGCCUUGAGGGAGGUAAUCAGUGUGGCGGAAGUGCCGACCAACCAGGAAUCACAGCCGUUGACGUGCAAAUGAACCCAGCCGCACUUGUCCUCCUGUCGAAUCCACUCUAGUGUAGCCCUCCCGAAAUCCAUGGGGGGCUUUGCAAGCGUACAGGUACCAGGUGGAGGAAAUGAAGGCUACCAAAUCCUCAAAAUGCAGCACAAUUCUCCAGGUUAUUGUGCAGGACUGGAGCCCUUCUUUGAUUUCAUCAUAGCAAUUUGUGAUACAAGACUAAGCAAAGAUGAUGACACCCUGAAAGAUGCACUGGAGAGGAAUGUGGACAAACCUACCAAACUUAUAUUGUACAGCUGCAGGACGCUAGGUGUGAGGGAGACAAUGGUCACACCCAGCACCAUGUGGGGUGGAAGAGGACUGCUGGGGGUCAGCAUCUGCUUCUCCAACUUUCAAGGAGCCAGGGAAAAUGUUUGGCAUGUUCUGGAAGUGGAGCCAAAUUCUCCUGCAGCCCAGGCUGGCCUCCAAUCCUACACUGACUACAUCAUAGGAGCGGAAACUUUGCUGGACAAGAACGACUGUCUUUUUAAACUCAUCAACGACCAUGAAGGGAGACUACUGAAGCUCUUUGUCUACAACACUGACACAUGCGACUGCCGAGAGGUGCACGUCUGGCCGAAUCAUAACUGGGGGGGAGCGGGCAGUUUAGGCUGCGAGAUCGGAUAUGGUUACAUGCACAGGGUACCUUCAACGCCUUUUGCUAAGAACAGGAAACAAGAAAAUGAUGUUGGUCUUACUGCUGUGGUUACGACCGUUCCAGCGAGUGUAUCGUCCGGAUCUGAAAAGACGGAUACGGCUUUUGACCCUACCAGUGUUCAAGCAGAUCACCUCCCUCCAAAGCAGUCCAUCACAGUCUCCGCCUCUUCGUCGGAACAUUCUCUCCUGACCUCCAGUGCAAACAGUGCUAUUACACAGGAUGAAGCAUCUCCCUCUACCGUUGUCCAAAUGAUCAGUUUGGACAGCCCAACAAAUAUCACGUGGUCUGUAGACACAUGGCGCUCUCAAACUGUGUGAGAAUCAGAUCAUCCUAACUUACAUGUUCAAACUAUUUGUGCUUAAGGGUUUUAUGAAGGUGAUGUGGAUUUCCUGUGAAGUGUUAAAAUAUAAUUAUUUUUAUAUACAAACAACUGUAAAAAUACAUUGCUGUCUAGAUUAAACAAUCAUUAUGCAGUUUUGGUGUCUCUGUUCGACUGUUAAUGUAGUCCUCCCCAAUGCCACAGGGUGUCACUAUACUGAAAGUAAAGUGAUGUAUGGAUGGAAUGGAAAUGAUACUCCAGGUAGUCGUCAUUCACUUGGGGGAAGGGGACAAUUCCUGUCAUUUAUUCACUCUUAGUGGAACUAUACAAUUUGUACCCGAAGUGAAAUAUACAGCCCUUGAAAAAAAUAAGAGCAAAAAAAGCAGCAAAAUGAAUCCACCAAAAAGGCUUUUUUUUUUUUCUUUUUUAACCAAGUGGACAUUGUAACGUUUUGUACAUGUUACUGCUGCAUUUCGAAAGUCAAAGACAAACUGUACAGAAUAUACUUCUCCAAGUUAUCUGUAUUAAUAUUCCUGCAUAGGAUUUUAUGCCACAAUUCUACAUUUGGUUACUUUGUGCAUGAAACGGAAGUACAGAACGCUUCCUCGGCCUACAUGACACUAGAUGCCUCUUGUAUGCUACACAUUACAUUCUCAUGGCAAACAAACUCUAAAGCCUAACAUGUAUGGGAACAAAAGAGAACCAAAUCAACAGUGAUUUUUUAAAAAUGUCUCCCCCCCACAAUUCUACUCGGUGACUGUUCUUCAAGGAUUCACUUUGAGUAGCUCAAAUGUGAUAUUUAAACAAUAAUUACCAGCAGGGUGUCCAGUCUCCUCUCAGGCCUCUCUCCAUCUGCAACGUUUGAUCAGUGUCCACUCACAUUUUCUUCAAGGUACGGAGUCUUUUUCAGUGCAUUUGUCAUCUCCUCAAAGCGGCUGACUUGACCAUGUCAUUUAUUAAGUCAAGAAAACAACAUUCCAUUACCCUCUAUCCAUAGACUAAGUCAGAGGAGACCAGGCAGGGAUGUGGUCACCGCACUCCCUCCAGCUGCUCGCUGCCCGUCGGCCUCGGGGAGGCUCAUCGUGCGCUUAGUCAGGCUGUGUCACAGUAUUGGGCUGUCAGUAUGAGAUGAUGCUGGAGGAGGCUGGUCCUGAGCCAGCUGCAUUCAUCUGAAGAUUCCCAGAGGAGCUAGACCUUCGUAUGUGAGGGAGCAGGUAGGGGUCACUUCCCAUCUGCUGAACGCCAAUCCGGUCCUCCUUCCUGUACGCCAGGCAGCGCCUUAUAAAGGCCUAUGAGGAAAAGGGGGAGUGUCAAUUCAUUUUUGUCUUGGGGUCACUAUUUUGUCUCCUUCACAGGUAUAUUACAGU